CAAUCUUAAAAUAAAAACAGUGUCUUCUCCCAUUAAGCCGCUAGCGAUAUCGUGUAAGUGAAGAGGAAGAGAGGAUCCAAAUCCAAGUACGGUUGGCGAGAAAAUCCGUCCCUGAAACACACCAAACCCUAAAACGCGAAAUAGGUUCUCAGAAUUUGCGAAGGAAAGAGCGUAGCGGAGAUGGAGAUUCACUACAGUAACAGCUACUUCGAGAGGCGCCCCAUCCUCAAGUCCAAGGCUCCCCCAGUUAAAUGGGUCAAAGAAUGGGUUCCCCAAGAUCUUGUGACGACGGGAGGGAAGUGCAUGAUCUUAAAAUGGGUAACAGAGGAUACCUUGAAGACCUUGAAAGAAAAGGUGAAAGAGCCUUCAGUGCCAGAGCCAGAACCAGAGCCAACUACUGAAGUACUUUUUCUUUGCAGCUAUGAUGGCUGUGGAAAGACAUUCAUAGAUGCUGGUGCGUUGAGGAAACAUUCUCACAUCCAUGGAGAGAGGCAAUAUGUUUGUCACUACGAUGGAUGUGGAAAGAAAUUUCUGGAUAGCUCAAAGUUGAAAAGACAUUUUCUCAUUCAUACAGGGGAGAGGGAUUUUGUGUGUCCUCAUGAAGGCUGUGGUAAGGCCUUCUCCCUGGAUUUCAACUUAAGGUCUCACAUGAAAACACAUUCUCAAGAGAACUAUCAUAUCUGCCCAUAUCCAGAUUGUGGAAAGAGAUAUGCUCAUGAAUACAAGCUAAAGAAUCACAUUGCAUCUCAUCAUGAAAAGCAGAAUGCACCCUUGGAUGUGGCAAAGUACACUACUCCACCUCCAGAGAAGCAAACAAAAACUUCUAAACCAUCUGGAGGGGCAUACGGUUCUGCAUCAUCUGACCGUCCCUAUGCAUGUCCCUAUGAUGGGUGUGAAAAGGCAUACAUCCAUGAAUACAAGCUUAGACUCCAUUUGAAGAGGGAGCACCCGGGGCUUAUGGCUGAUGAAAAUGCAGAGCAUGCUCAGGCUAAUGUUGGCAAUGAAAUGGAUGAAGCAAGUGACCAUGAUGCCUAUGUUGCGAAACGGUCAAAUGGUAAAAUUCAGAAGCAGAGUAAGCCAAAACCAAACCUCAAGUUGCCUCCUUCCAAAAUUGCAAAACGCAAAGUCUCCACUCCCACUUUAACUGUAAAUAAAAAUUCUUGGCCCGUGAAAGAUGAACCUUUCGAUGAAGAAGAUAGUGAAGAAACAGAAGAGGAUCGUGACAAUGUUGAAGAUGGUUGGAGAUAUGCAGGAGGAAACAAUGAAGAUGAUGAUGAAGAAACAGAAUAUGAAGACUGAAUCAGUUAUGGCAUCCUCUAUGGAACUUACCUUUUUCAAGAAGUAUAUUUCUCUUCUACAAUUGUUUUUUGGGUUGUCGCUUUUUUAUUUGGCUUUGGAAAUGACAUCUUGUCAAACUGUGUGUUGGCUGUUACAAGCAUUAGGAAGAAUUUAUAUAAAUAAAAUGCGAUUUAAAAUGCUCUUGGUUCA